AUGUCUCAUGAUCGACAAGUUUCUGUUGUUAGAAAUCGAACUAGAGAUGACAAUAGUGAUAGCGAUGAAGAUGAAAUGGAACUAAUUGCAAUAGUUAGUGGCUUUAUUAUGGUUGUAGUGGGAGCAUGGUUUGAUAGGUUUCAGAAUAAAGAAGUACCUUGGAACGAACAUGAACGUGCAAUUAAAAGAGCAUAUUGGUUGGAUUCCCUCAUGAAUGAUAGGAUUUGUAAAGAGCAGUUACGUAUGGAUCAGAGAUGUUUUGAUAAGUUAUGCGAGGUUUUUGUUACUAGAGGAGACCUAGUUACUACUAGGAAUGUGACCGUAAUUGAAAUUGUUGCUUUUUUUCUACAUACUCUUGCCCAUGAUCUGGAGAAUAGAACCAUUGGUGUCGUGUUCACUCGUUUGGGAGAAACGGUAAGCCGUCAAUUCCAUACCGUGCUCAAAGCUGUGAUGAAAAUAGGCAAGUAUUAUAUCAAGCAAGUAGAUUUCAAUGUGACUUAUGAUGGAGACAACAAGUGGAAGUGGUUUGAGGGGGCACUUGGGGCACUUGAUGGGACACUUAUUAAGAUGACAGUUCCCGUCGAAGAUCGACGUAGAUAUAGAGAUAGGAAAGGAGAUAUUACUACCAAUGUACUAGCUACAUGUUAUCCAAGUCUUCGGUUCAAUUAUGUUUUGCCUGGCUGGGAGGGAUCGGCUUCUGAUCCUCGCAUUUUAGGAGACGCGCUCCGAAGACCUAAUGGUCUCAAAGUUCCUAGGAAUAAAUAUUUUCUUGUUGAUUUGGGAUAUUCUAAUGCACAAGGCUUCUUGGCUCCAUAUAAAGGUACACGUUGCCAUUUAAACUUGUGGAAAGGAAGUGCUGCUACAAACUACAAAGAAUUGUUCAACUUGCGUCAUUCAUCCGCACGUAAUACUAUUGAAAGAGCCUUUGGGUUAUUGAAAAAGAGGUGGGCUAUAUUGAGGAAAAGUAGCUUUUAUGAUAAGCAAACACAAGUACGAAUCAUAAAUGCAUGCUUUGUUCUCCAUAAUUUUGUUAGAGAAGAAAAUUUGGAUGAGGAGAAUUUGUUAAAUGAGAUGGACGAUGAUUUAUCAAAUGUAGAAUCUUUUGAUACAAUAGAGGAUGAAGAGGAGGAUUUCACUUUAACGGCACAAGCCUCACCUCAAUGGAACAACUUAAGAGAUGAAAUGUCACAAAAAAUGUUCCGAGAAUACCAAGCUCGAAGGGGGGUAAUGAGCAAUAAAAGAAGCUAUGUGUCUUGGAAUAUGCAGAUGGAUGACAUUCUUACUCGAGUUUUGUUAGAACAAAUCAACAACAAGGAAAAAGGAGAUGGAGACUUUAAGCCUCAAGCUUACCAAGAUGUUGUUGAUGAAUUAAAGAGAGAGUUAGGCAUUGCACUUAAUGCGGAUCAUGUGAGAAACCGAACUAAGUCUUGGAAGAAGCACUAUGGCUGCAUCACGGACAUCAAGACUUAUACAAAAUUUAAGUCGGAUGAUGAAAAAAAAAUUGAUCGUAAUCACAAUGGAAGAUCUACCUCAAUGGACAGAAUAUAUUAA